CUGACGGUUUUGGCUCAUAGUGAGUUUGUUACAUAAAAAUGUCAGUCUGUGUUCGGAUAUUCUUCCGAAAUAGAGCUCUUUUUCGGGGUGCUCUUGGUAUUUUACGGCAUUAUUCUUUGAAGUGCAUAGGCAGCAGUGAUCAUUUAAAGAGCAAUCGUAUAUACACUCCCAGAUUUUUGGGUCAGUUGUUUUUCAAGCAUGGCAUAACAAGUUUUCAGAGUGAAAUAGCAUUCCAUAAAGUAACAGAUGACACUCUAGAUGGUUUGUCUGAAUUCUUUGAUGAUUUCUGUGACAAAUACCAAUUGCCAAGGCCAGAUGAAUAUGAUGUACAGUUUCGAGAUGGUGUUCUUACUGUUAAAUUUGGUGGCGAAAUUGGUACCUAUGUGAUAAAUAAACAGACUCCUAACAGACAGAUCUGGCUGUCAUCUCCUAACAGUGGUCCAAAAAGGUAUGAUUUCGUGGAUGGAAUCUGGGUGUACCACCACACAAAUGAGUCCUUGCAUUGCUUGUUAUCCCGCGAGAUGUCACAAAUAACCGAGAAAGAGGUCAACAUGAGGACUUUACCAUUUGGCAAGGAAUGGAAGGAAGAAAGUUGAUGUGAACUUUGCUGCACUUUUGAGAUCAAAGUCAAAGAUGUAAAGUCAAUAUGCAAAACUUGACCCAGUAAUGCAGCUUAACAAUUUUUGAAUUAUCGAGCAACUGACCAAAAGAAUUGUAAGAUAUCCAAGAUAGAUGAAAGAAACAUCGAAAUUACAGUGGCAGCGACAGCAACAAUAAUGGCACAUUAUUAUUUUUAUAAACAUUGAACCAUCUCCAUAACAUUAUCAAAGACAACAACAUUGUCAGCCAUACCCUUUGUAUUUAUUUUCUUGUCACAUAUGGGUAGGCAAUUUAUGUGAAAAAAUUUAGAAAUAAUAUGUAAACAUCGAAAACCAAAGUUUUAUUAUAUUUAAUUUAAGAAA